AUGUCGAUGGAGCCUAAACACCUCACCUUACUCACGCCUGGUCCAAUCGAAGUCGACGAUGAUGUCUUACUUGCAAUGCAGCAUGGCGCCGAAAGCCAUACAGGCCCUGACUUUGGCACUGUCUUUGGCGAGACCUUGCGCAUGUUGCGGCAAAUGCUGCAGACUCGUGACCCUGCCAGCCAGCCAUUCAUAAUGAGCGGCUCUGGAUCGCUGGGCUUCGAUCAAGUCGCUGCCAACAUACUGGAGCCCGGGGACGCCGCUCUCGUGCUAAACGUGGGAUAUUGGGGCGACGCUUUCAUCGAAUGCAUGCAGGCAUAUGGCAUCGUUGCCGAUGGAAUCAAGGCUCCUCUUGGAGGCCAACCAACGCUUGUGGAGAUCGAGUCAGCACUGACGGCGAGGGAUUAUAAGGCCAUUACCAUCACCCAUACGGACACAGCUACUGGCGUUCUGUCCGAUGUCCCUGCGAUUGCACGACUGGUCCAUAAGGUCUCGUCGGGAACUCUGGUCAUCGUUGACGGGGUUUGCAGCAUUGGCUGCGAAGAGAUCAUGUUUGACGACUGGCAGCUGGAUAUUGUGCUUGGGGCUUCGCAGAAGGCACUGGGAGCACCCGCGGGUCUUUCCAUUGUAAUGGCUUCUGGCCGAGCUAUCGAAGUGUUUCGAGAGCGAAAAUCACCGCCGAGUGCGUACUUUUGUUCGUGGAGGAAUUGGAUUCCGGUGAUGCGCAAUUAUGAGUUGGCGGAGCAGCCGCCACUGUACUUUGCGACACCGCCGUGCCAAUUGAUUCGUGCUCUACACGUGUCGUUAAGUAAGAUACUCCGGCAGCCUUUGCCUGAUCGACUUGAACAGCACAAGAAGGUCUCUUGCGUGGUCAAGGAAGCCGUCGCAGAGAUGGGGUUGGAGCAGAUUGCUACGAGGCAGGAGGACCAAGCGCACAGUAUGACCGCUUUCUAUCUGCUGUCAGGGCUGAGAUCGGAGAACGUCUUGCCAUUGCUGGUUGGGAAAGGUGUCAUGUUGGCGCGUGGCCCGCAAAGAGAGAUCGCCGGACAGUACAUACGAUUUGCGCACAUGGGUGUUUCUGUGACUGAUCCAGAACGUAGUGAUAUUGUGAAUGGUAUAAAAGCGCUUCGCGAAGUCCUGACAGACAUCAGCGAUAGCACAAGGAACGGAACGUAG